AUGACAGUAAUCUACAAAAAAGUGGCUCAGGAUGUACAACAUCUUGAAAACGUGGCAGCAAUAGUUGUAAAUGGCAUUCCCUGGGCUGAAUCAGACAUCGAAGAAAUAUACACGCUUCAGUGGGUUCCUACAAGGAGAGUGUUCACUAAAGUCCAUCUGCAGGGGCACUGUAAUGUGUCUCUGGUGACCAAACUGUUUCCAAAUACACAGUAUGGUUAUAACAGGCGACGGGUGAUAGCAUCAACAGUGGAGACGCCUAUGGGAGUUCUUAGAGAGGUCAUAAAUGGCACAAACGUCUUCAGUGGGUUUUGCAUUAGAAUAUGGCAUGAAAUAGCGGCAGCCUUAAAUCUAAGUUAUGUCCUCACUGAACCAGAGGAUGGAGCCUGGGGCUCCUUCAUAAAUGGCACAUGGACGGGAGUGGUCGGUCAGCUCAUGAAAAGGGAAAUUGAUAUUGCCGUAACUGAUUUGUCAGUUCACUAUGGACGAUCACAGGUGAUCGACUACAUCAAUCCCGCCUACCUUGUGGACGGCGGGGACAUAGUCUACAGAAUGAAGACAGAUUCGACAAGGUCAUUCUUCCUGAUUGCCAGACCACUGAAACUUGACGUCUAUCUGACAUUCGCUGCCAUCACUGCGGGCCUUCUUCUGAUAUUCAUCGUCACAGACAAUCACCAGUAUUUGAUUGAUGUUCCAAUGUGUAAGGGUGUGCCAACUAUAUUCUCAAGGCAAUUUACAUCGAUGGGUCUGGAGUUCGCUGGGUCACUACUCAAACAAGGAUUCCAGACACAAGCAAAGAGUAAGGCCGGGAGUGUUCUGUUGGCCUCGUUCUCGAUACUGGUUGUCCUGAUCUCAUCCGUGUACUGUGCCAACCUCAUCGCUUCUCUGACUGCACAACCAGGCGCCACUACCCUAUCCAGUAUCGAUGACCUCGUCGACAGCGACUACACUGUUGGCAUAUACACCAUCGGUAUUGAUUACUCCGAGCUUCAGAAUUCCGACCGACCUCAAAUCCGUCGUCUUCGAGACAAGAUGCGGAAACUGAGUGAACAAAAUCCCGGGAUAUUUCUGAACAACCGGUCGUCACACAUGAACAGAGUUAAAGAAGGUAUACAUGCCCACAUAACCUACAGAGCUAUAGCAGCGAAAUACAUGGCUGAAGACUGUCACCUCGCUCUGAUAGGGGAACCGAUAACAUGGUCCGAAGAACGUAUUUCCUUUGGAAUACUGAAAGGCUCAACGCUCAAAACGGAUUUGGACAAAGUCAUGUACAGACUGAAGGAGAGUGGUUUGCUGGAAGAGUGGUGGAAGCAAUGGAACGCCAGGGACAUCGCCACCACAUCUUGUGAAGCUGAGAGCACCGGUGUCAGGACCAUCAUCUCCCUGAGGGAGAUGGGGGGCGGAUUCCUGGUUGUGUGUGGAGGACUGGGACUGUCAUGUCUGGUGUUAAUAGGGGAGAUAUGUAGACAGCGAUGUAAAAAGAAAACGAACUAGCACUAUUCAUUUAACACAAACGAUACAAUAGAAUUAUACUGAUGAUGAUACGACAUUUUACCUAUAUGGAUAUUCGAAAUCAGG